CGCUUGGGUGACAGUGGACGACAUCGACAUUGCCGUUUUAUAAUUGAACUUAUACAACUAUUUCCGAAAUAAUCAUCAAAGUGUGUUUUAUUGGUGCAUUUCGAUAGUGCCACGUGAGAUACCUUCAUACCGUGUAACGUCGGUUUUUAUUAUUCGAAAUGAAAUCAAUGCUCAUUCCACUUCUGAAUAAACAUUAUCACUGAGCUUGAUCAGCUGAACUCUGAAAGUCACUUCAACAUGAAUUCCAUCCAUCGCAAUAUUUCAAAUGAUUUUGAACCACGGGAACUACCUAAGCAAGCUCCUCGCUUCGAUAGCCCACCUGUUCCAUCUGUUCCUGAGGUGUCGUUGAUCUUUGAUAAAUCGCACGAUGCAAAAGCCUUUGACUACAAUGUUAGGAGAUCACCGUCGAUAGAUAAGUACGAUUCAUAUGCUACAUGGAAACAAACCACACUAGCAUCAACUGGAUCAAACCUUGAUCAUAUCACUCAAAAAUCUCGUCAUUCCGCUGGGUCACCAUUAGAACGGUGUCACAGUCAAAGUAAUGCUCAUCAAUUGCAUAAGAAUCUGGUAACUAAUCAAUCGCUAAGACAUAGCAGGAGCGAUCCAAGCUUGAUAAAGCAGAUUGAUGCUUUGAGUACCGUGCAAGGAUAUAACAAAGAUGUUUUGCAAAGUCGUCAUACAUUCUCUUCUACCGGAAAUCAUAUGUCAAGAAACACUCCGCAUAAUCAUGGUAAUUUUGAGAAUAAUUUAAAACACAUGGAAGGUGAACAACAGUAUUUUGAUAGAGGGAGGCAACAAAACAUUACAAACACUCCUUAUAAAUAUGAUGACCAACAUUCUUUGACACAUGCAAAUUCUAAUAUGAGAUCACAGCAUCAUAAUCCUGAUCCUACAUAUAUGAACUGUGAUCCUAAAAUGCAAAAAUUAGGUGUUAACCCUUAUGCAAAGUCACCGAACAAAUUGCAAACAGAUCUUCUACAUCCUGGUUUACAGAACUCCAGUUUUCAUCCUGGAACAUCGAUGAAUCAAAAUUUUCAUCGUAAUAUGUUCUCCGGAUUUUAUCAGGUUCCACCAUACUGUGAUUCAGAAUAUGGGUAUCCUUAUCCUCAUCCAUAUUUACCAAAUUAUCAGGGUUCAAGGAAUGAAAAUGAAGACACUGUCAAAAAUUUGCUACAAUUGAUAAACAACCAGAGUGAACAAAUCAAAUCCUUACAAUCUCAAGUUGAAAGAUUGCUUAAAAUUCAAGAAGAGAGCCUCAAAGAUCGGGAGAAGUGUAAUUGUGCACGCAAUAUGGGUCUGGUAAAUAAAAGCUGUGAACAGAAUGCUCAGUUGAGUAUUCAAACCACACAUAAGAAUCCUGGUUCUCCUUCUGGAAAUACUUUACCAUUGUCUAGAGAUGAUCUAAUAGUACCGCAAAGGCACAAUGGCACUAUAGAAAGGAAUAUGAUUGGUUCAACAAAUGUUAAAGAAAGUAAAAUACAUUCUGCUUGCGACUACAACAAUCAAAACAAUGAUGGACGUUUAAACCAAGCUACCCGCGAUGAGCAGUUGAAAAAUAAAAUUUUAGAACAAAAAGUUUCCAUCGGUGUAAUGACUAGCUACGAAUUUACUGUACAAAACAAUCCGUUUGCUUCAGAAGGUGAAGAUCAUCGACAGUAUUACGGGCACACACAGGCAGAAAUAGAUAAAGAAUGUCCACCUAACGAAAAUCAGGGAUUACUUGAGCACGGUGAUAUCUCACAAGCAUGUCAAAAUGUGUUUUCUAGAGUUUCAAAUUUACCGUUAGAAAAUAUAAUUGAAGACACUGAAAGUCAUCUUUCCGUGAGUCAGCAGCCAAGUAGUGAUUUUCAUUCUAGUCCAACGAUAGAUGAAUUUAAAUCGUCAGAAUCUGCAAAUAGAAAGAUUACAAAGAAUGUUCCUGUUAGAAAAACUCCUGAAAGUAAUACAAAAUUAUUGGAUCAUGAAAAUCCAGAAUUUACAGCAAGCAAUAAUCACUUUUCUACUCAGCAAAAUCAACACCAGGAUAUACAGGAACAAUUAAAAAAUACGCGGCCAUUACAAAGUCCAAAAAAUGUUGAAAAUAUGUCGAUGAAACAGAACUUUCGCACAGAUCAUUUUUCAAAACAAUGCUAUCCCAUAGUGAGGUCUUCAGGAUCUCUUGAUCAUCACGGACGAAAUUCUAAUGACCAACAUUUUUUUACACAAGCUGGUGAAAAGACCAUUUCUUCUCUUCCGCAUAGAUCAGCUACAAUUGCUGUGAAGCAGCAACACAAUCUGCCAAUCUAUAACUCAUCCACGCAGCAGGAAGAAUCAAAUUCCCCUUACCGUUUUGAAGAUCAAAAGAAAAAUAAGAAAGUUGCCGGUCAAGACAGCCCUGGUAAUUAUUUUGAAAGUGAAGGUUCCUCUGGCCAAACUCAUGAACCAAGAUUGCUUCAACCUCCUACAACUUAUAUUAAUGAAAGAAACAAAAUUUCAUCUCGAGCUAAAAUGAGCCCGGAAAAUGGCGUUGAAGAAAGUAUAGUGCUAAACAGUGGAGAAUUAGAGAUAAACGAGCAACCUCCACCUAGUCCGGAGCCCAGCAUACAUGUUGAAAUGCAAGAAUAUUCUAGUGACGAAGAAAGUGAUAAACAUGGGGGUGAAAUUGGAAUAGAUAAGCAAACGCCUAAAGUUGGUUGGACAUUUUAUAAUAACGUUUUGGGACAAGUCAAUCAAAUUUUGCAAAAUUCUCCAAUUACUAGAAACUUCAAGGAAAAGCCAGUAGACAAAAAAAAUGGUAUAGAUGAUUUAAGAAAAAAAGCAACAGUAGAAUCAGUUAAAGUUACAACUAUGGAACAAUUAAGGCAGCUUGGAAUUAGUUUUGCUGAAAAUAAUGAUCCUGCAGAUGUCAAUGAUACAAGUAAUAAAAAAGUUACUUUUGAUUCAUCCUACUACCCACGUUUGGAAUAUCGAGGCAAUAUGACUCAAGCGACCAGUACAAUGUCUGAAACGGAUACAAGCAUGCAUAUGAAUGCAUUAGCAUUAAAAUACUUGAGUGACGAGCAACUUGGAGAACUAGCGUUACAGAAACAUAGUGCAGAAACGCUUAAACAUCUUAUGGUCAGUAACGUCCAAGGCACCAAUAUGUCAUUUGCUACUAUGCGUUACCUCGAAAGAUACCAACUUCUACCGACGAAUAAUAAUCCACAAGUUGACGAUCAACGGAGAGUCAUAGAUAAAACCAAGAAUGAGGUACUGAGAAAUCCGGAAAGACCGCCACUAAGUAGCCAGAUGACCAGAAUGAGCUGCCCCAGUAAAAUUUUGGACAUUUCUACUUUGAAACAGCAGCCAAAAUUACUCUAAUAUUGUUUACUCGUAAUACCUUAUUCGUGUAUUAAGAAAACAUAUGACUUCUAGAUGAAGUAAUGUGAAUUUAAGAUAGAUAGGACAACAGAAAACAGAGCAAGUUCUUGUUCACGCACAUGUACAUACAUAGACCACUAAGCAAAUUUUAACUGUAACCUUGUAGAAAAAUGAUAGCUUGUAUUUGUAGUAAAUUUAGUGAGAUUUACGAACCGAUUUAGUUAGCAUCAGAAGACUUGAAGAGGUGAAAUGCAAAUUCAUAUUUUCUAUUGCGAAUUAUAAGAAUACCAGGAGAUUCAUCGAAGGUUAAAAAAUCAAAAACGUAAUUUAACAAUAAAUAGUUCAAAAUUUAUUAUGCAACAGAUACAUAAUUUAGAUCUGUGGCGUUUAUUGAGAUCUCCGUAUCAUAUUACCAAAAAUAAGUUUCUACAACACAAUAAAAUAUCGUGAUAUAUCAUAUCCUAACCAAACAACUUGCCUAAAAUAAAUGAGAAUACUUCUAGAUUGAAUAUUAUGUACAAAGAAUUAUAAUUUUGACUAAUUAUCGUAUGUCUGUUUAAGUCUCGAUCCUUUUUCUUGUGGAGUACAGUCUCCAUAUUCU